AUGGUAAAUAUCCUCUCUUUCUUUUCUCAUUCGCUCUCUCUCUCUCUCUCUCUCUCUCUCUCUCUCUCUCUCUCUCUCUCUCUCUCUCUCAUCUCUCAUCUCUUUCUCUGUCUUGCCCUCUUUCUUUCCCAGAAAGCAUUUUACUUACUCGAUAAAAGUGAAUGGUCCAACGGCCCCGCAGAUAAUGCCGGCCGGGGCACAAAUGUCGACAGGAUCAGCUGUGCUAAUAUUAUUCCACCCAAACGGGGAAAGAAGAUCCGAAUAAUGGAGAUUCCUGUCAAUAGAGAAAAUAUUCUCUUUCCUUAUUUUUUUACUCUCUCUCUCUCUCUCUUUCUCUCUCUCUUUCUAUCUAUCUAUCUAUCUACGCUUUUCUCUUUAUUUCAUCUAUCUAUCUAUCUUUCUAUCUAUCUAUCUGUGUUUAUCUAUCUGUCUGUCUAUCUAUCUGCUUAUCUCUCUCUCUAUCUAGCUGUCUAUCAGUUUCUAUCUAUCUAUCUAUCUAUCUAUCUAUCUAUCUAUCUUAUUUUCUUACUGUGUUUACGAUUAUUAUUUUCUUUCUGUUACUAUUACUUCUUUUUUUUUAACUCCCCCUCGCUUUUUCUCCUUUUCUCUGAGAUUUUAUCUUUAUCAGAUUUAUCUGAAGCCUCUUUCAUGAUUUCUAUCCUCCUAAUCCUACUUCAUUUUACAUCGUUGUCUUCUUACUCAUGCAUCACUGCCAAAUCUAUCUAUCUAUCUAUCUAUCUAUCUAUCUAUCUAUCUAUCUAUCUAUCUAUCUAUCUGUCUGUCUGUGUCGGUCUGUCGAGCUAUCUAUCUAUGUAUCUAUCUAUCUGCCUUCAAUCUGUCUAUCUAUCUUUCUGGCUUUCUGAUUUUCUAUCUUUCUUUCUGAUUUUCUAUCUUUCUGUCUUUCUAUCUUUCUGUCUUUCUAUCUAUCUGUCUAUCUAUCUAUCUAUCUUUUUAUCUAUCUUUCUGUCUUCCUACCUAUCUUUCUAUCUUUCUAUCUAUCUUUCUGUCUGUCUAUCUAUCUCUCUAUCUACCUCUCUAUCUUUCUAUCUAUCUUUCUAUCUAUCUGUCUGUCUAUCUAUCUUUCUGUUUAUCUAUGUGUUUAUCUAUCUUUCUGUUUAUCUAUGUGUUUAUCUAUCUAUCUAUCUAUCUAUCUAUCUAUCUAUCUAUCUAUCUAUCUAUCUAUGUGUCUUUCUGCCUGUGUCUAUCUAUCUAUCAUUAGCACACAUGAUCUAG